AUGAGCAAAGAAGACGACGUGAUCGUCCACGACGGCGGUGAAUUUUCAGACGAGAGCUCGAUCAGCAACUCAUCCACGAAUCCUUUCUUGGAUCCUGCAGUGGAGAAGAAGUACAGGCAGAUUUAUGAAAACAGCCAGUACGAGUGUCGGGAAAGAUUUGAUCCCGAGUUCACUUGGACCAAGAAGGAGGAGAGAAAAUUGGUUUGGAAGCUUGAGUACAAGGUUACUUUCCUUGCUUGUCUCAUGUUUGCUGCUCUGCAAGUUGACCGUGGUAAUCUCAGUCAAGCUGUUUCUGACAAUAUGCUGGCUGAUUUAAACAUCACCACUGAUGUUUACAACACAGGAAACACCAUCUUCUAUCUGUGUUUCCUUGCUAUGGAGCUACCUUCGCAGUUGGUUUCUAAAAGAUUGGGAGCAGACGUCUGGAUUCCUCUCCAGAUGUGCGCCUGGUCUAUUGUCAGUUUAGCUCAGUUCUGGUUGAAAGGGAAGAAUUCCUUCUACGCAUGCCGUGCGCUUUUAGGUAUUUUCGAAGGAGGAUUUAUUCCAGACCUGGUGCUGUGGAUGUCAUAUUUCUUUACUGCCUCCGAAUUGUCGAUCCGGUUGAGUCUUUUCUGGACGACUUUGGAGCUUGCUCAGAUCGUGUCUGCUUUCGAAGCUUACGGCUUCUUGCACAUGCGUGGUAUAUCUGGAAAGCCGGGCUGGGCCUGGCUGUUCCUGAUUGAGGGUCUCAGUACCUUGGUGAUCGGUAUUGCUGCCUGGUUUAUCAUGGUGCCAAGUGUGGUUCAGACUAAAAAGCCAUGGAACAAGAAAGGAUGGUUCACCGAGAGAGAGGAGAAGAUUGUGGUUAACAGAGUUCUUAGAGAUGAUCCAACCAAGGGUGAUAUGAACAACAGACAGGGAUUGACUCCAAAGAUGUUGUUCAAAGCCUUGUGUGACUACCACGAAUGGCCAAUCUAUAUGAUCGGUCUUUUGGCCUAUAUUCCUCAGUCGACUGUCCAAGCGUACUUCACUUUGCUGUUGAAGAACCUUGGAUUCUCAACGUUCCAGUCCAACUUGCUCACCAUUCCGAGUUACGUGAUCCAUAUCAUUCUGCUGCUUGGUCUGACCUGGCUUACAGAACGAGUGAACGAGCGGAUCCUGCUAUGUCUGUCGCAACCACUGUGGAUUGUGCCAUUGAUGGGCAUUCUACGUUGGUGGGGUGGCGCCAAUGUGAACAAAUGGGGAACGUACGUCGUGGUGACCCUGAUCAUGGGAAGUCCAUACAUCCAUGCCAUCAUGGUUUCGAUGUGCUCGCGUAACUCCCAGUCGAUCAAGAACAGAACUGUGUCUGCUUCGCUUUACAACAUGUUUGUGCAAGCAGGAUCGAUCAUUGCGUCCAACAUCUACAGAACGAACGAUAAGCCAAUGUACUACGAAGGAAACACCGUUCUGUUCUGGUUGUCCUUCGCAAUGCUUCCGCUGCUUCUGUUCACCAAAUUCUACUAUGUCUCGAUCAACAGAUAUAGAGAAAAACGUUGGUCGAAGAUGUCACAGGAGGAGAGAGAAGAGUACAUCACCUCCACUUUAGACGUUGGAUCCAAGAGACUAGAUUUCCGUUUCGCUCAUUAA